AUGUGUGUCCGUCCCCUGGAGAGCGUCAUAUAUUUCCCUGAUGCUUUGGGGACUAUUGCUGUUGUAACUAUGUGUGGUAACCUGCUUGUCAUAUUUGCAGUUUUUUACUUCCGACAGCUGCACACGUCGACCAACUACUUGGUUCUAUCUCUGGCUAUGGCCGACCUGCUUGUGGGGACCAUAGUUUUGCCUUUUGGCAUCCUCCUGUUUGCGAAUCCAUGCUGGCCUCAACAAGCAGUACUGUGCAGAGUGAGGGGAGGCUUUGAUAUCAUGUCAUCUAUCUGCUCAAUCUUAAAUCUAUGCUUCAUUUCAAUUGACAGAUAUUAUGCUGUGUGCAUGCCUCUGAGUUACAGAUUGAAAAUGAAUGCCUAUGUCACUGCAAUUAUGAUUUUAAUAACUUGGGUGAUUUCUGUUUUAUGUGGGAUUGUGAUGUCAGUUGGUGGACAAAAACAAGAAACAAGAUGUGCUUUUUUCCAGAAUUUAAACUUGGGAAUAAUUGCAGCAGUGGUAGCCUUCUACAUACCUGUUAUCAUAAUGUUUACACUCUACAUCAAGAUAUUCUUUGUGGCACAAAAGCAGGUUCGAAGCAUCCAUAGCAUGCAGACAGGAAUGGGUGCAAGGAAAAUGGAAAGGAAAGCCACACGGACACUGGCGAUAGUUAUGGGAGUGUUUGUGUUUUGCUGGAGUCCUUUUUUCAUCUGUGUUACGUAUUUGCCGUUUAAUAAUUUCAAAAUUCCUCUUUCGCUGAUGGAGACGUUUAAAUGGCUCGGAUGGGCAAACUCAAUGCUCAAUCCGUUUAUUUAUGCAUUCUUUUACAGCUGGUUCAGAUCCGCUUUCAGAAUCAUUCUCACAGGGAAAAUAUUUAAGGGGAAUUACACCAAUGCAAAGCUGCUCUGA